UCUUCCCUAAAUAAUAAAUAUAGCAAACUAAACAAACGAGCGUGACGGCACGCCCAAGGAGAGAACGAAGAACAAAAUGGCUGUCUCAUCCACCACUGCAACAGUGUACAUCUCCCGAAAAGAUUUCUCGACUCAGACGCCGAUAAAUGGUGCCAUAUCCACAAAUUCCAUCACUUUUGCAACCAAGCUGCGCAGAUUUCACAUUAGAAGCUCAGGUGAAGUAUCCGCCGAGACCAGUGCAGCAGAACCAGAUUCAGAAAGUCCUAUUGAAGCCCUAAAAGAACCACCGUCCUUGAUUUCUGCUCUUAACGUUGAAAGAGCACUUCGUGGCAUACCAAUAACAGAUGCCGAUCACUAUGGUAGACUUGGACUACAAAGAGAAUGUUCUUUUGAGCAGGUUACAGUUGCAUACAAAACUAAGGUUGAAGAAUUGAGGAAUCAGGGAUUAAAUGAAGAAGAACUCGACGAGAAGCUGGAACUUCUAAAAGAAUCAUACACAAUUUUGUCAACCGAAGAAGAGAGAAGGAUGUACGAUUGGAGCUUGGCUAGGAGCCAAAAAGUUGAAACAUAUGUUUGGCCCUUUGAGGUUGACAAAACACCAACUCCUAAAGAGUCUCCUCCGCCGCAGGAACCGGAGGACGUGGGACCAACAAGAUUGGUGGGAUACUUCAUUUUAGGGUGGUUGAUAUUGUCCUUCGCAGUAUCUAUUGCCCUUAAUCAAUAAAAAGUCAAAGGGAGAUUAGUGCAUUUAUUUCACAUUGGGGAAGGGAAAAGGAAUAAAAAACGUUAGCCCCUCAAAGUAUAUUAUCAUGAAUAAGCACCGUCUUUUGUACACAGAAAAGCAUUUCCCUGCACACUAAUCGACUUUUUAUAAAAUUGUUUAUAAAAUGUUUAGUCCAACUUGCAAAGGUGAGGGCUUUACUUCUUUAGGGAGGAAUGUUGAUGAGUGAUAUUGUUCAACCAAUUAUUUGCAUUAAUUAAUGUAAAUCAGUUUUUUUUUUCCAAAAAAAAAGGAAACUUCGGUGCACUUGCGGAUGCAAUUAUUUGUAAUAUUCGCAAAAUACAAAUAUCACUUUUAAAUA